UCCAAUCGACUUUUAUUGAAUUACAGCAACAAUAAUCACAAUGAUGAUUAAAUUGAUUGAAAUUUUUAAUUUAUCAUAUCUGCUAUCGUCGUUGUUUAUUUUGGCUAUUUCAUCAUCAUCAGUUUCGGCAAAAAUUCUUGUCGGUGUUACUAUCAAGUCAGAACCAUUUAUCAAUGUUGAAAAUAAUAAAUUUACCGGUUUCUGUGUUGAUCUUAUGAAUUUGAUUGAAGAUUUUACUGGUCUUAAUUAUAGUUUAUAUUUAGUACAAGAUGGUACAUAUGGUUUUGGUAAUGAACGUACUGGACAAGUAUCCGGACUUAUUGGUGAUGUUUAUUACAAAAAAGCUGAUUUUGCUAUUGCUGAUAUGACCGUAACCGAACAACGAAAACAAUAUGUAAAUUUUACUGAACCAUUUUUACGUUUUAGUUUUUCAGCAUUAGCAAGAAAAUCAUUAGUAAAAAAUUUACAAACAAUGGAUGAUUUAGCUAUAAAAUCUGAUCUGGCUAUUGGUACAUUUAUGAAUGGUAAAACAAUGAUUAAUAUGCAAUUAGUACGUGAUAAAAUACGUAAUGUAUUAUGGUUAUAUGAUCAAUUAAUGAAAAAUAAAACAAAUCUUGUAACAAGAUUGGAUGAAGCAUUAUAUAAAAUUUAUCAUGAACGUUAUGCAUUCAUACAGGAAGAACCAAAAAAUCUAUAUCUAGCAUCAAAAGAUUGUUCAUUAAAAAUGUUACAAGAUCAAAAUCUUUACGUGCCGGGUGAAUAUGCAAUUGCAUUUCGUCAUGAUUCAGAAUAUUUACAAACAUUUAAUAAUGCAAUUAAAUUUAUUAAAUAUAAAGGUUAUUUAAAACGAUUGAUACGUAAACAUUUUUAUAAUCCAAAAUGUAUGAAUGGUGGUAAAUCAAUCAAUCAUCAACAACAACAGCAGCAUUAUUAUUUUGUUCAUUUAAUCAUUUCAAUCUGUUUUACAUUGUAUUGGACAACAAUACGAUAAGAAAAAUUCCUUAAAAAAAAUAAAAUGAUUUUCUCUUUCCUGAAA